AUGAGUCCACCUGAACCCCCCACCACACUCAAAGUAGACAAGUCAGUGACUCUGUCACUAGACGAUGAAUUCGUCACCGUAACCGAACACCAAUCCAACUACAAGCUCGACCACUACGGCAUCAUAAACGCAGCAGUCACCCCCACCAGCCUCACAAUCACCUACGUAGACGGCAACGAGCUAGAAAUCAUCCACUACCGCGUCCGCCCAGAAGAACACGUCCAGGCCACCACCUGGACGCAGCACCUUCUGACCCGCGCCUACCGCCACGCGCAACCCUUCAAACGCCUCAAGGUAAUCAUCAACCCGUUCUGCUCCGGCGCGGUGAGGAAAUUCCGCACGCUCGCCGCACCCAUCCUCGCUGCGGCACACUGCCACUUCGACGUCGAGGAGACGCGGUACAAGGGCCACGCCAGUGAGAUCGCCGAGCAGAUCGACCUCGACGCCUACGACGCGAUUGUGUGCUGCUCGGGCGACGGGCUGCCCCACGAGGCGUUCAACGGGCUGGCCCGCAGGCCGGAUGCCGUCAAGGCGCUGGCCACGAUGGCCGUGGCCAUGAUCCCCUGUGGGUCGGGCAAUGCGAUGGCGUGGAAUCUGUUCGGGACGGACGAUGUCGCGCAGGCGGCGCUGGCGAUUGUGAAAGGCGUAACAAUGCCCCUGGAUUUGCUCUCGAUCACCCAGGGCGAUCGCCAUACGGUAUCCUUUCUGUCGCAGUCUUUGGGUGUGCUGGCGGACUCGGACCUCAAGACGGAGCAUCUGCGGUGGAUGGGCGAUCAUCGCUUUAUCUAUGGCGUUCUGACGACGAUUGCGCAGCGGACGGCGUAUCCCUGUGAGCUGGCUUUUAAGACGGUCAUGGGGGAUAAGGUGGAGAUCCAGGAGUACUAUGAACGUGCGAGGGGUCAGUCAUUGGCAUCACCGGAUAUGUUGACUGAAGAGUCAGGGACGGGUUCGAGUGGUCUGCCGCUGAAGUAUGGCACGGUCCGCGCCGAUAUCCCGGAGGACUGGGAAGUGGUCUCCGGGGAGGGGUUGUCGAGCUUCUACGCCAGUAACAUGGCGAUUGUGGCCAAGGACACGAACUUCUUCCCGGCCGCGCUACCCAGCGACGGGCUCUUGGAUGUCAUGACGGUGUUCGACACAAUUGGGAUCGUAGGUGCACUUGAUGCUACCGUCAAGCUGCCGCAGGGAAAAUGCUUCGAGCUCGGCGAUGUGCACAUGCGGAAGGUCUCGGCGUACCGCCUUACCCCUAAGGAGAAAGAGGGGUGCAUCAGCGUGGAUGGAGAGUGGUAUCCAUUUGAGGCCUUUCAGGUAGAGGUGCACCAGGGUCUGGGUCGGGUGCUCACAAAUCUGCGUCAUGCGUACCACGUAUGA